AUGGAAGAUACUGUAUGGAUUCGCCCUGUAAAAGGUCAAAAUACAAUCAACGUGCUUGAGAAGUUGCGGUCUAUCUCACAUUGGCUCGAUGGCAGGCCUGACACGACAGCUUUUGAUUACAUAUAUCGUGUCAAUAUGGGCGCUGGAUUAAAUCUUUUUCAAGGAGAUAUCGACGGCUUCAAUCCCAAUCGGCGGACAGCCACAACAAACAAACAGAAUCUGUGGAAUACCAGAUUGGUACCCUAUAUCAUUGACCCUUUGUUUGAAACUAGUGAAGAACGGGAUAUACAUGCGGCCAUAGAAGAAUACCAUCAGAAGACAUGCAUUCGCUUUGUCCCUCGGACAAACGAAGAAGACUAUAUUCGGCUGACAAAGAUUGAUGGGUGCUACUCUAAGAUAGGCCGUGUAGGCGGGGGACAGAAUGUGUCGUUGGUAUCAGCCUGUCUCAAGAAAGGAACCGUCAUACACGAACUUAUGCACGUGCUCGGGUUCUUUCACGAGCAGACACGACCGGAUAGAGAUGCAUGGGUACAGGUGAUCACUGAAAACAUCAGAGGAGGCUACGAACACAACUUUGACAAGCUUGACAGUCGCCUUGUGGACAAUCUGGGUGUGGAGUAUGACUACGGUAGCGUUCUACACUACAGCAAGUAUGCCUUCAGCACUAAUGGCAACCCUACGAUCCUGCCCACACGUAUGACACUGGCUACACUCGGACAGCGAUAUGGCUUUAGUUAUCUUGACCUCGAGCGGAUCAACCUCCUAUACAGAUGUGAUAUUCCUGGACCACUUCCGGUUUCGUAUACCUCCACCUCCACUUCCACCUCAACUACACCGACCACCACGAUUCACCCAACUCCGGCUAUCACACCUACAUAUCCCCAACACUCCACCUACCAUAUACCCAGUCCCUACUACCAUGGUCCAUCCAACACUGCCAGCCAAAACAGACAUGCCUUCCACAUCAUAUCCAGGACAGACUGCCUACCCACAACGACCAUCAACGUCUCACCUGCCCCCACACAGAGCACUGCCUUUACUACACCCGAAACGAUUACGUCAACGGGUUGGUCACAUUGGUCGGUAUGGUCAUUUUGUAACCUCCAGUGCCUGAGAACUAGGUACCGCUUCUGCUUCAGCAACCAUCGGUCCAAUUGUCCAGGCAUGACGGAGGAGAAGCGACGGUGUACGACGGGAUGUAGAGUGGCGUGGACUUUGGGAUGCUGGCACAAUAACUUGACAAACUCUGCCAUUCCAUCUGUGGAGGGCCAGUACCCAACCCUUACUGACCAGUACCACUCACGUGAAGGGUCAGUCCGGAAAUGUGCGAAUGUCGCGUCAGACUCAGGUCACGUUGUGUUUGCCGUGUUUAAUAGCGGCAUGUGUUUGUCUGGACCAGAUGCCCAAAAGACCUUCUACAAAUAUGGCCCAUCCACUCUCUGUAGUUAUACUGGGGAAGGAAGCACGACAGCCAUGAAUGUCUACACUUUCCAACAAGAUAUUGACGGCGCAUGGGGACCUUGGACAGACUGGACGCAAUGUACACAGAUGUGUAAUGGUGGGAAAAAGUAUCGCUAUAGAUACUGCAACAGCCCUCCUCCUGUUGGACAUGGCGCUACCUGUCUGGGAUCCGGUCAUGAGGUACAGGAUUGUAACAUACAGCCCUGUCCAGCGGACACUAAGUGUGGUGUGAAGUACCAUACGGGCCUUCCCGGUACUUCCGGUAUCAUCAACGUCGGCGAGUAUGACAAUUUCAUGAAGUGUGAAUAUGAGAUCGUGACGGCCGAGACGGACCUUACAAUAUCUGUGUCAAUUACAAGGAUAGAUCUGGAGUACACAGUUAGCUGUAUGAGUGACGCACUGCUGAUAUUUGAUGGUCCUAACGACAAUGCGACGUUCCUGGGAGCACAUUGUGGAACUGUACCGCCGGCGUCAGUACUGUCUUCAUCAAACAAAAUGUACCUCAAGUUCCUGACAGACGAGACCACAACAGGCACCGGUUUCACAGUGCUCUACACAAUUAAUCAGAACAUCCGUAAGAGUUGCAUACAACCCCGGAGACCUGGACACGGUCGAUUGAUAGGGGACUCACAUUUUGCUGGGGACUCCAUAUUCUUUGAGUGUGACCAUAGAUACAACCUAAUUGGGUCUUCCUCUGUCGUAUGUGUUGACCAGCCUACAUUCGCGGUAUGGUCCGAUGACUUCCCUAGCUGUGUCCAGACUAUCGCAAGGAAAGCACGAGAAAAGCGUCAUACACUGUGCUCGUUCGAAGGAAAUCUCUGUGGAUUUAAACAGCAACACAACGAUACUGACGAUUGGGUAUUGGCGAAAGGAGAUGUAGGUCGAUUUCCACAACGACCAAUGGGGGACCACUCGCAUGGUUUAAUGGGAAAAGGUCAUUUUCUGGUAGCAGAGACGACACGUUUAAACCGACCUGGCGACACGGCUACAGUCGAGUCCAAAACGGUAUCUCCCAUUACAUGGAAUCAAUGCCUAACAUUCUGGGUUAGAGUUAUCGGCCGUGAUAAUUCCUAUCUUGAUGUAGUCAUUCGGUCUCCUAGUCGAAGCGAGAAUCUGUUCACUGUACCCGUGGAUACAGGCUAUCGUGAGGGAAUGGUCUGGUUGGAAUACAGUGCCACAUUCCAGUCAAAAGAGCCCUACCAGAUUGAAUUUGGAUAUACGGUCGGCGAGGGUUUCGGCAGUUCUGUUGCUUUGGAUGACGUGUCAAUUCAGCCAGGAUCUUGCAUGUUGUAA